CAGAUAUUCGUCGUAUUCAUCGUCAUGAUUGUUGAGGUAGGACAGAUAGUCGGCCAAGGCCUGUGAACAGAAUCGAGGCUGCCUUCCUCUGUCCUGUCGAUUUGUCCUGUCAAUGCAGGCCCGUCUGUACCUUGGGCGAUGCGAAGUCUUCCGCGACGACGUAGCUGUGCGGAUGGGGGGCGAAGAGGUGGUAGUUGUUCUUUCGCGACUUGACGAUGGGCACGGUGCCGGCAGCCAGCGCAAUCCCAAACUUCUCGGUGACGUAGUCAGGCGUGUCACUGUUCUCGAGCGCCAGAUGGAACUUGAAUGUCCUGAUGAGCUCCAUCUUCUCACGACAGUUGCGCAGCACGUCCUGCAGUGACCUGUUCCUUUUCCGCAUUCUUUCGUGUGAGUCGGGCAUUGGCUCGUCCAUGUAGUCGCUCGCUUUCGCAUUGUUGAGGCACUGGCCGAACGAAUGGAUGAACACGUGCUUGCCCAGCUCUUUCAUGUAUCUCAGGCGACCAUUCCUUUCACGCGAACAAGACAGAAAAAUCUCUGCCUUGCGUUGGGUGUUUUUCUCUGUAUCUCACUUGUCUUUCUUUCCGCAGUUUGACACGACGAGGCUGACAAGACGAUCCUUCCUCUUGGCCCGUGGAGGCGUCAUCCAGUGGAAGCUGAAUAUAGUCAGAGGUCACAAGAAAGAGACGAUCAUUGAGUUUUGGCUAACUCCAGAAAUGUCUCAGGGUUCAGUCGGUCGUGUCCCAGGUAGAUUCUCGGCACGUCGCUGUCGAGAUGAUACGUGGCCUUCAGGUCGAAUUUCCUGUCUCAAACGAAGGGAAGCAAUCAUGUUUAUUGCCAUGCCGUUAGCCUCUGCUUACUUGAGAUAUUCCGGCCGGCUUAGGUCUGGAAACAGAGUGGAAGGCUCCAUCGAACUCAGUGCAAAGUGCUGAGCAAAAUUACUUAGAAGGUUACAGACUGUCUACAGAUCUUCUCACCUGGUGUGACUUUUUUGCACCCUGCGCAACGAGAGUGUCGACUUCAGAGCCUUGAUUGAACGAAAACAACACUAAAUCGGCUGUCCCAUUCCACAAAAACUGCCUGCAGCGAACACCCCUUCAUAUUAUUCUUGCCAGUUCUUUCCACCUGACCUUUCUUUGGUGAGGUGGCAGGGCACGUCACACGGCAUCCGUCUAUCCUCGAGAUAGCUCCCUAUCCCCCGCCUUGUUCCCCAUUCCAACAGCCACACAGGACGUGACUCAGUCACCGUGUAAAACUCCCAUGAUUUUUUACUGCUCAAACCGCUGAGCGGCGGCGGCCUUUCCCCGGCAGCGAUAGCCUUGGCAUCGCUGCACUUGUAUCGGUAAUCAAAGUAGUCGACCCACCGAUGACGGCGAGGCCGGCGAGGAUCACUCGGAUCCAGGCGGUUCACCUUCGAACGGCCUGGCAAAGCGGGAAGUGUCGGUUGCUGACCAUGGACGAAAGGCAAUGGAUGAAACGGACGGGGAAGGUGUCGCGAACACUCAGGCAGGCGGUCCUCCCUUAAUAGGUCUUGUCUAAGCUGGCGGUACCGCAACGACGGGUAGAUCCGUAGAAGAUGAGCAGAAAAGGGGAUAAGCAGCGACGCAAUCAGAGCCGCGACCAAAAGGACUGCCGGAGGAGGAGCUCCGCGCAUUUUCG